GGCCCGCGAAUGGCGUCAGCGGGAACUGCGAGUGAGAUGGCGAGCGAGCUCGACUCUGUAUCGAAUGGGUUCAGUUUUAUCACACUCACCUCGGACGCGGGCGACUCGGCGCGCACUGCGUGGAUGAGCCCCGCAGCGAAUCUCGCGGGAGCCGCGGGGAGCGGGGCGUUGCAGAGGGAAUGCGCGGAUGUGUUCAAGGGCCAGCUGCUGGGGUGCAACAUGGCCAUCAAGCGCCUGGAGGGCGGUGGGUGGCAGGGCCCCAGCGAGUACAGCACGGAGGUGGAGGUGCUCAGCCGCAUGCGCCACCCGCACAUCGUGCUGCUCAUGGGGCACUGCCCCGACCCCCAGGCCAUGUGCAUUCUCUAUGAGUACCUCCCGGGCGGCAGCCUGCAGGAGUAUUUGUCUGCUACCGGCUCGGUUGCUGGUUCAGUGGCAGGUUCGGCAGGAGCUGUUCAGGUGCAUCGUGUCCUGCGCCAGCCCUUGGCUUGGUACGACAGGGUACGAAUACUCUCUGAAGUUUCAGGCGCCCUGCUCUACCUCCACCAGCACUCACCGCCCAUCGUGCACCGAGACUUGAAACCUGACAAUGUGUUACUCGAUGGUAACCGCAUGAGCAAGCUUGGGGAUGUGGGGCUGGCGAGGCUAAUUGCUGAAGAUGAUUACAAUGUAACCGCGCGCGUGCAAGGGACAGUGGGGUAUAUAGACCCUGAAGAGGUGGCAACGUGUGAAAUCUCGGUUUUAUCUGAUGUUUACGCGUUCGGGCUGAUAGUGCUUCAGCUGCUGAUGGGGGAGCCUCAAGUGAAGUUGGUUCACCGCCUGCUGGCGGAUACAGCAGUAAAGCUAGCUGCAGAUCAGAGUAGACGAGGGAGGGCGGGAGGAAACACGGCUUAGUGGCACGUCACCAUGGUCAUUCGCCCA